GCCAGUUUGAGGAGUCCGGAGCCGAACAAAAGCAGGCGGCGAGGGCCGGGGGCGGUGCGCGCAGGCCCGGCGGAGGCGGGGGGGGGGGCGGCCCCCGCUGCCGGCCGUGGAGCGCUGCGGGCCGCCAGCCAGCCCCGAGCCCGGCCCGAGGGUGGGGGAAAGUUUGGAGCCCUCCUCCGGAGCGCGGGGGGCUCCGCCGCGCUCCGGCCCCGGCAGCCCCGGCGCUGCCAUCGCGGGCGGCCGCCCCGCUCCGCCCCGCCGCGGCCGUUGUUGCCGCCGCCGCCGCCUCCCGGGCGCAGCCCCUGCCCCGCCGGCCCCUGCCCCCGCCGGCCCGCCCGUUGCCUCCCGGCGGAGGGCUGAGCUGCCCUGCUUUUGGAGUCGCCGCCGUUUUCCCCUCCCUUCCCCGGAACACCCCCCCCCUCCCUCCUCCCUCCCUCCCUCCUCCUUCCCUCCUCCCUCCCUCCUCCUCCAGCAGCCAAAGGGAUUUUUUUCCCCUUUCUUUUCUCUCUCUCUCUCCCUCCUUUUUUUUUUUUUUUUUUUGCAUUUCCCCCCCCCCUCCUCCUCCUCUUCCUCCCCGCCGCGGAGCCGGGCGCCAGCGUGAAGGAUAAAUAAAAAGCGAAGAGGAAGAGGCUGGGGAGGAGGAGGAGGAGGAGGGGGGGGAGGAAAGAAGAAGAAGAAAGCGAGCAAGAAAAGAAAGCGAGGAGCCAGGCGGCCAGCCCAGCCGCGCCGCUCCCGGCAGCCAGGGCAGGAGGCGGCGGCGGAGCGGGGGCCGGCGGCCGGCGAUGGAUGACCAGCCGCGGCUGAUGCACACGCACAGCGGGGUGGGGAUGCCGGGGCACCCGGGCCUGUCCCAGCACAUGCAGGAUGGACCAGGCGGGGCGGAGGGGGAGGCAGGCAGGAAGCAGGACAUCGGAGACAUCUUACAGCAGAUCAUGACCAUCACGGAUCAGAGUUUGGACGAAGCGCAGGCCAGGAAACAUGCUUUAAACUGCCACAGGAUGAAGCCAGCCCUUUUUAAUGUCUUGUGUGAAAUCAAAGAAAAAACAGUGCUGAGCAUCCGGGGAGCCCAGGAAGAGGAGCCUACAGACCCCCAGCUGAUGCGGUUAGACAACAUGCUCCUGGCUGAGGGGGUAGCAGGCCCCGAAAAAGGAGGUGGCUCAGCUGCUGCUGCCGCCGCUGCUGCUGCAUCGGGAGGAGCUGGCUCCGACAACUCAGUGGAGCAUUCCGACUACAGAGCCAAACUCUCCCAGAUCCGGCAGAUCUACCACACGGAGCUGGAGAAGUAUGAGCAGGCAUGCAAUGAAUUCACCACCCAUGUGAUGAACCUGCUGCGUGAGCAGAGCCGGACCCGACCUAUCUCUCCAAAGGAGAUAGAGCGGAUGGUGAGCAUCAUCCACCGCAAGUUCAGCUCUAUCCAGAUGCAGUUGAAGCAAAGCACGUGUGAAGCCGUCAUGAUCUUGCGCUCCCGAUUUCUGGAUGCACGGCGGAAGAGACGAAACUUCAACAAGCAGGCUACGGAAAUCCUGAAUGAGUAUUUCUAUUCCCAUCUCAGCAACCCUUACCCCAGUGAGGAAGCCAAAGAAGAGCUAGCCAAGAAAUGCGGCAUCACAGUCUCACAGGUAUCAAACUGGUUUGGAAAUAAGAGAAUCCGGUACAAGAAGAACAUAGGUAAAUUUCAAGAGGAAGCCAAUAUUUAUGCUGCCAAAACGGCUGUCACGGCUACCAAUGUGUCAGCCCAUGGAAGCCAGGCUAACUCACCCUCAACUCCCAAUUCAGCUGGUUCUUCCAGUUCUUUUAACAUGUCAAACUCUGGAGAUUUGUUCAUGAGCGUGCAGUCUCUCAAUGGGGAUUCUUACCAAGGGGCCCAGGUUGGAGCCAACGUGCAGUCACAGGUGGAUACCCUUCGCCAUGUUAUCAGCCAGACAGGAGGAUACAGUGACGGACUCGCAGCAAGUCAGAUGUAUAGUCCGCAGGGCAUCAGUGCUAAUGGAGGUUGGCAAGACGCUACUACCCCGUCGUCGGUGACCUCCCCCACAGAAGGCCCUGGCAGCGUUCACUCUGAUACCUCCAACUGAUCUCCCAGCAAAUUGCAUCCCUGGCUGAGCCGGCCCCGGCGGGGGCGGGAGGGGAGGGGGCCUCUCCUAACACCGCAGCAGUCAGACUGGAGGUGAACCCAAUCAGCACACAUAAGAAGACUCCUUCUCUUCUCUUCUCUUCGUCGGGAUGCUUUUUUCAGCCAAUCUGGACACUUCUUUAUACUCUCCUCCCUUUCUUUUCUGGGUAGAAGCCGCUCUCCCUCUCCCUGCCACUGCCACAACACCACUCCCUUCCCCUCACCCCUUCCCACCGAAGGAUGUGUCGACAGGUAGAAGGAUUUUAAGGAGGAAAAGCAAAAAUCAACUGCCACACACCCCAAAGCAGUGUACGGCCUCAUGCUGGGCAUCUUUCUGAGGAGCCACAAACGUACCUCAGUCACAUCUUGCUCCCUUACUAGCAGGCAACCCCCCUUGCCCUCCGCCGUCUCUCACGCUACCUCUCCGUAGGGAAAUGCCACUGCAGCCCCGCUGCCGCCUCGUCUCUGCCGGCCGUGGCCGCAGCCAGCACAUCGCCUCCCCGCGCUCAUCCCUGCCUCAGUGAGCUGACCCUCGGGCACUGCCAGUGACAGGGCAGGUGGACGCAGCCCCCUGUGCACACAGGAGGAGCCAGAGUGCUCUCCUUCGCUUCCAAAAGGUACCAGCCCAUUCCCAGUCCCGGGGAAACCACCGGCACUUCCCAGUCCCUGCCGUGCUCUGCCGCACAUCCCAAAGCUGGAUGAGCCAUGAAAUCCUGCCAUCCUUCCUGCCCGCUGUUAAAGGGGAGGAGAGGAGGGAAGGAAACAAGGCAGAGGUGGACAAGAAAUGGACGUUGCUGAUAACAAAGGCGCUGAGCACCUCCACGAUGUUGUACAGGAUCAUGCAUAGAUGAUUGAUGGGACCCCAGCCAUUUUCUCACAGCACCUGGGGAGGCUGGCAGUGGAGUUUUUUAUGGCGGAGAGAGUGCCACAGGGUGUUGGCUCGUGUUUUCAGGAGCGUGCCAUGGUGUGGAAGAGGAGGAGGUGGGUUCCCCAGUGCAGGCAGGACCCACAGAGGUUGGUGGCACCUGCUGUGUUCCCAAAGCCCUGCCAGGCAGGCAGUGAGGGACAGUCAGUGGGGUCCCGGGGGCUGGAGGCAAUGGGUUAAGCGUGUUGGGUGCUUUUGGUAAUGCUUAAAGUUUGCUUGAGGGUAAAGGCUCUGCAAGGUGGGUGGAUGCCCUGCUUGGGGAUGUCUUUCAGCUGACACUGCUGGUUUUAUCCUGGGAGUAGCAUCCCAAGUCACGGGAGCACUCAUGGGGUUUCUGGUCUGCUUUUUGGACAAGUGAUGGUGGGUGGUAAGCAAGGCUUCAUUCUGCUGAAACACCCCUUCAGGAAGCCCAACACUGGGAAGACACAGCCUUUGAUGUAAGAGCAGGGCGUGGAGGCUCUGGUUUGCCCCAGGCAACGGGCUGAGCUUCGUGUGGGAGCGGUACUUUUGGCCGCUGGUUCUUCCAGCAAGCGCAAGGAGGCUGAGCCAGCCCACAGCCAGACCCUGGGUGUCAUGGGGGCUGGUGUGAGUGCAGCAUGUCUGGCACCUUGUGAUGGAUCCAAAUACCCCUUGGCCAUAUCUCAUGCUCUUGCACAUCCAUGCCCACCCUGCCCAUGUGCCAGCCAUCUUGAGAUGGGAACUGCCAGCGCAGAGCAGCGUUAAGGAGGAACCAUUUAAAAUUGAAGUUCUGCUAAAAAAAUUUCCACCUUUCUGCGGGAAAAAAUAAUGGUGUUUGGCCUGCAGGCCACAGCAGCGGUGUGCCCACAGCUCCAACACACUGUCACCUUGCAGUGUGGGGCCAGCAGCGUGACUUGCCUGAAGUGGAGGUGAAGCCUGCCUUUUCCUGGGAAACAAGCCCAGAAGGCUCCAAAACAUCCACUCUGAAAUUUGUGACCUUCCCCCAAAUACAAAAAGUCCCAAUUCAGUGGAUUUUUUUGUUUGUUUGUUUCUGAGCUGGCAUAGAACACAAAAGGUGGAUGAGAAACAGCACGAGCUGCUCCUUGCUUAGUUCUUAUGCCUCCAGCAGCGAGACCCUUUCUGCUCCUCCUUUCACAGCGGACUGUGCUGUAGAGCGUGAUGCGAUGUGCGAGGUCUAGGGCUGCCUCCCAGCUGGGAAUAUGUUCAGAGCAACAAGAAGGUUGUUUCCCCGGGAGGACGGUUAAGAGGUGCUGCCCAUCUUUUCCAGCCUUUCACCUUCCCACUCUCCUCUUCCUCCUGUGGCCUCCCCCAGUGCAGCCUUUUAACCAUUUCCAGCUUAUUUUACAUUAAACCAUUCCAGAAAAGCCUUUCAGGGACGCAGGACUGGGUCAGGACUGUUCUCCGGAGCGGCAGCAGUGCCGCGCCUGCGGGAAUGCCACAGUACCUCUUGGAAACCAACCAGGGAUGAGCCGAAACCAUCCACUUACCGGAGCCAGCCCGUGCCAGGGCUGCCUUCCCCUGCUCUGCCACCGCUGCCCCUCCUGCCUGCACCCCCUGCCUGCGGCACCCCCUGCCCGGGCAGGGCACUUGCUCCUCCACGGUACUUUGCAAAUCACCUCCUGGGUUCCCCGGUUGGUCCCUCUGGUUCGCAUUGGCAUAGCUGCUCGCUUGCCUUUUUCUUUGCCUUCUCUUUUUUUUUGGGGGGUGGGGGUGGGGGGGCUGGGGUUGUUUCUCCUUCCCUCCCCCCCCUCCAACCCUGAGUGUUGUGGGUUUUUUCUUCUUCUUUUUAUUAUUUUUUUUCUGCCCAGAAAAACCUGACUUCGAUACCAAAAAAACAAAACAAAACAAAAAAACAAAAAACCUGCAGAAACUCAAAAAAAAUAAAAACAAAAAAAAAACCACAAAAAAAACUCGACGACUCUUUCAGCUUUAUUAACAUUUUCCAUUGUUUCUUGCGAUUUGUGUCUCGUUCUUUGUAGUAUUGAUGAUAACGAACAUUUGAUAAUGAAUGUUCUUGUAUAUUCAGAUAAAGGAGAAAAAAAACCAAAAACGCAGUCGGAAUUUAAUAGUGUUUAUAAUAAAAGAAUAAAAAAAUGACCCUCUUAGCACGCAAAAUUGAACAGGUCCCGUCCCUGUUCUUUCUGUGGCAACAAGCGCUUCAUUCCUGUAUAGUUUAUAACAUCAAACUACCUACAUUCAUCUUUUUUGUUUGUUUCUUUGUUUUUCCCAUGUUUUUUUUUUUUUUCCAUUUUCUUGCAUUUGUGAAUUAGUUCAAGAAUGCUAGAAAAGUGUAGAGUUGUGCACACUCAUUUCUUCUUACACAAUGUUUAAAAAGUGACGGUAAUUCAUUUUGUAAAACUUUAAAAAGAAAAAAAUGGUUGGAAUAGUGAGCAUUAAUAGGUACAGUCUAACACUUUAUGUUUCUUAAUGUUGAGACCCGGAAAUUACCUUUUAUUUUAUUUUUUUGGCAUUAUUUGGGAUGGGAGGGGGGGCCUUUGAUGAUGAUGAUGAGUUUAUUUUGACCUGUCCGAGGCGACGGCCUCGCCGCUUCCCUUGCGCUUUUGAGCUGUGACCCAAGUGAUGUGAAAAGCGAUGGUUGCGUUUUUUGGGGGGGUGUUUCUCUUCUCCAGGGGUCUCCACUCAUUUUGACACCCAGAUCUUUGGGUGGCUGCUCUGGGGCUGGGUGGGGCAAUUACAUCUCCAGAGAGGGAUGUAAUCUCGAGGGGUUUGGGGGAGGAGAUGCUGAGGGGUGAUGGAGAGUCGGAUGCUGAACCCAUCAGUUUCUGUGUCUGGGGGCGAUGCUGAGCUCCCUGGAAGUGAUGAAAGGACAUGAAUCCUCCCCAAAAUAGGUAGCUAGUGGUGGGCUUCAAUGCCCUUAUGCUCUGCCCUGAAUCCUGGUGGCACCCGUGCCCCGAAGGGUUGGUGCGGGAGCCCUGGAGGGAGGCACCCAUCAGCCCAACCGCACCUCUCGGCUCAGACAUGAUGGGAUCAGAGCAAGGAAGGUACCAACAUCAUUUUGACCACAGACCGUGGAUCUUGUUGAGGGCGGGUCAAGCCCCAAGCCCCAGCUGCACAGGGGUGCUGGGAAGGAUGAGGGUCAAGGAAUGGGACAUGGGCAGCCCCCCAGCCAUGGUGGAACAUGUCCAGAAUGCCCCCAGAUAUAGCCCGAAAUCUCGGUGGCUGCAGAGUGGGGCUCAAGGAGGAGCACUGGGGAAGAUGCCAGUUGGCAUCGCUUUAGUUUUCUCUUAAAGCAGCUUCCCUGCUCCACCCACACUCCUCCCCCCCGCCCCCAAAAACAACCGAGCUUUUCACAU